CGGCGCUCUCUUCGACUGCAGGGUUUGCCGAUGGGCGUACGCGGCGAAUCGAGCGUGUGCAUUCGCUUCUCGUUCUCGAUGAAUUCAAAAAAUGUGUUCCGCCUUGGAAAUCCGAACGCAGGAGAGAACCUGCCGCCAUGUAACGGGCUGGUUGUCGCAUGUCAAAACGAAGUUGGCCGGGGCACUUCGCUACGAUACGGUCAGGUGGACCAGACGCAUGCUCUGAACCACCGAGGAUUGAGUAACUUUGAAGAAAUGCAAGGAUACGGCCUCGAACUCGUACCUUUCCACGCAGUCCACUGCAUGCGGCGAUUUGCAUCCAGCGGCUUUUCAGCACGACGUGUCCGCUCACCGCGUGAUUUUUUUGUUAUCGGCGACGCGCAACCUUCUUACCUUUGCUGGCGCCUUUUCGUUUGGGAUUUGCCGAGUUCCAUCGCUGAAAUUUCUCCGUGUAGCGAACUUUCGGAGCGACUAGACAGUAUAUGCUAUAAACGCCAGACCUGUUCUUGAUUCUUCUUGCCCGCUGCCUUGAGCUAUCGUCCAUCAAAGAACAUACGGAGCCCGUUUGUCUAAGAUCACUGGUACGUCCGGAACAGACGUGUCAGCGCUUGCGGAUACUCGCUUUCGGGGAAACUUUUACUGCGAUGCCACUUGCCACACAGCCACCGGUGUUGUGUUUUGCACCUGCCUUCCUCCGGCGUCAAUAUCUGCAAUUCUGCGGGGGCAGCAGGCGUUUGCAACUCCGGUCGAAGCGGCUGCGCGGCCCAGCUGCUCUGCCUGCCGCUCCUUUGUUUUUAUCUGACUCCUCAAUACAUGGCGAGUGGGUCGCAGUGGAACCGUCCCGGCUGUCCCUUUGUUCCGGAACCGAUUUUCCUGAACAAAUGGGAGCAGCGGCUCUGUGCGGAACAGCCGCCAGCAGCCCCCUUCUUACCCGCUUCGACGGGCGGCGCCAACUUCCCAGUUUCGAAUUGCAGAUCUGGCCACGCCCUAGAGAGCGUUCCCGCGUCGCGGCGCAUGGCUGCGGUGUAUGCACACCCGGACCAUCCGAUGUGGGGCACCCAGCGAGGCGACUCUGGCCUCCAGAAUGUCGAGCAGUUUCCCACUGCAUUGGCUCCGGAGGCGGGCGGCGCGGACGGCACACCUGCGCUUGCAGAAACGGCAACUCAUGCCUAUGCCCGCUACCAAGAGGAGCCGCUGGCGGGCCGGUUUUCUUGCCAAAAAGCACGCGAGGUCGGAGUCGAAACCAGCCAAGGGCAGGACAUCGACAUGUUUCCGCCGCACGAACGAGCGGAAUGCUUCCCGCCCCGACCAUCUUACUGCCAACAUGAAGCGUGUGCAGGUUGUCCAGAGCGCUGCAGACGGAGCGUUUCCCACGUGCACGAGGAAAUGGUGGGCGCCUCCGUACCGCUUGCCCAGAAGGAAAAUGCACCAUGGGGAAUGGGGCUCCUUUCUACCGAGCCGCUAAGUUUUGACAGUGUCAGUGCCCCUAGCAUCGUACCUUUGCAGCAGGAGACGGGGGGGCGGAAGGAGUCUCGUGUCCCCGGUCGCUCGUCGAGGGGGAGCACGCCGCCUCCCUCGAACAUACCUCCGGGACUAGCGCGAGCUCCCUCUUUUUCGGUUCCACCUUUUCGUGAAAGCCCCCCCACAUUGUCCUCGACGGCGCGUGCCAGCGUGAGUGCAAGCACCGACUUCCCAACCCCUUCCACCCCGCGGCAGGUGGACCGGGACCCGCGCCUCGCAACUCCUUUUCCAGAAAACCCCGUGCCUAUCAGGGGGCGUCUGUACUCGAGAUCUUGUGAAACAUCAGAGGCCGACUCGUUCCGCCCUUCUAAAUCGCCGAGGUGUUCCUCGGGACGCGUAUCAGUGAGACUGCCGUCGCCGGGAACCGUGGAUUGGGUCUCGAGCUCGCAUGUCACAUCUCAUCUGUCUAAGCAAUCUUCUGAAGCUUCCGAGCGCGUGACCACCCCAAGGAGGGCGGGGAUGAGCAACGACAGUCAUGAGGCGCGGCUGUUGACGGCGAGGCCCUCAUCUUUCACCGGAGGUGCGCCUGCAGUUGCCUCCAGCAACCCCCGUGGCUCUAGGGCGCCUGACGCGUCGGCAGCCUCUAGCUCCUUUCUCAGGACCAGAUCUUCGCUUUGUGGGAGGGGACCUAGAGAGGGUUUUACUGCCCUGUCUGCUGCACUCUCGGUCUUUCCUUUCCUGCUCCCGACAGCCGCCGUUCUGCCCCUCGACCCCGUGGGUCGGAAGCUGGAACGGACGCGGUCGCGGGAGUCGACGGAACACAUGGGCUCGCCUUCUGCAGUCUCUUCCCAGAAUUUUGCUGGGAUUCCUCUCAGGCGCGGUGGCGCCUCCUGUGCUGCACUCGAUGUAUUUACGCCUGGCUCUAGACAGAGUGUCUCAACUCCUCCGAGUUCGCCGCCUUGCGAGAUGGACAGUGCGUCACAUGCCGACUCUAGGGGUUUGACUGAGCGUCGGAAAUCAAUCCUCCAGGAUCAGCAAGUUCAGGAGACGCUCCUCGCCCUUCUCGUGGCUGCGACACCCGCUGCAGAAGAAGCAGAUUUGCGUCGGCUGCAGCGCAACAGCCUCGAGUUGGACCUGCUGCUUCCUGGCGUGUCCGUGACAGACGCGGGGCUGGUCGGAGGCAGCUCGCUGGGCAGCGGAGCCGCCGGGGACAGUCAGCGGGAUCUGCACGGUCGGAGCGCGGCAUGGAGCGAGAGCAACCGGAGGCGUGUGUCAAGCGGGCGCCUCUGUUCUUGUUUGUCCCCGCUGGUAAGCAGUCUCCAUACCCAGGCCCUCUGCGACUUGUACGAGGAAGAGGCGUUCUUUCUGCCUGAACAGGACAUUCUGGAAGUGAAGUUCAACUGGUGGCAGAUGCUCAAACGCGAGUUUCGCCUGCAGAUGCACUGGGAAAUGCAGCAGGAGUUCCAGAGCCCUUGCCGCAGGGAGCUGCCGAGGCCGCGUCGACAGGAGCGCCUGCUCAGUCGUUGGUCCUACUGCGUCUCGAGUGUCAGCGCUCGCCACGUGCCUGUCGCCAGGCGUCUCCUUCAAGAAGGGCCCAGAACGCUUCUCGCAGACACCACUGGGGACUCAACGGACCACACCGGAUUGCAGUCGACUGACUCGAGACACCCGGCGUCCUCGAGCGGCGGCCGGGACGGCCUAGGCGCCAUCGAUGUGGGCGCGCUGCUGUCUGGGGAACCGGCGCGAGGGGAGAAAGAAGAAGAGGUGAUGGACUGUUCUGAGGGAGGCGAAGGCCGACGCGCGCUGAGUCGAAGUCUCCGCCAGCACGUCUGGACCUGGAUGUGGGAGUGCGCUGCCAAUCUCGGAUUCUGCGUCUCGACGCGGUUUCUCGGUCUACAGCUUCUCGAUGCGUACCUGGCACACGAACAGUCGCCUGUGGAUCCCGAAAACGAGACACAGGUGAGUCUCGUGGCUGUCGCGUCGCUCCUCGUCGCCGCCGGGCUUCGGGGGCACUGGAAAGAUCUGGAGAAAGACGCAUACCUCGCGGGGAUCGUGCGCGGACUGGACUUCCCCUACUCCCUCGACGACGUCAUUCAAACCCAGCACGACAUCCUCCAGCUGCUGCCCGCGGGCUUGAUGCUGAGCAAAACAGUCGUCGACUACUUCCGCCUUUUCUUGGCGCAUCUAAGAGACCUGUUCAACGUCGUCCAACACCUCGAUGCGCUGCCUGAGUGUCCAGUCUUGGAGACCGGCGAGGGCUCGGGCGCCUCGUCGCUCCGCCAGAGCUCCCGAGACACCCUCGGCCUUGCCUCACGCUCCGACACCGGUUCGGCUUAUAUUCGGGUAUCAGCGGGGUCCGGCGGCGAGCUACAGUGCGAGGAGAGACGGUUCCCAGACGAUUUGCAACAACCGAGUAGGGUCCCGUCCCCCUUUCUCUUCGAGCAGAGCGGGCAGGACGGCGUGAAGUCAAGCACGAGUGGCAGGCUGCUCAGGAGCAGCUCAUGUCGCAGCCGGUGGGAGGGCGGCUCGGGUGUAUGUGCUGCGGAGCUCUCGAGAGACACGGCGGCGUCAGCGGGGGCCUGUCGGGAUCGAGGAGCGUCUUUUCAGCAGGAGGAGUUUUUCCUGGGAGUCUCCGAGAGCGACGAGGCCCGCGGGGGCAGCGGAGACUUUGUGUCGCUCUUUGGUUUCUGGAAAUCCACCGGUCUCCUCGCGUGCUUAGAGGCUCUCAUUCUGCGCAGUUGUUCUGCGCUCGCGGGCUCUGUCGGGCCGUCUCUCCUCGUGCCUCCAAGUCGGCUCGUUGCAGCGCUCCUGCUGCGGCUGAUGGAGCCGUACAGCACGGUGCGAAUGGCCGAGGGGCAUGAGAAACACAACUCGCUUCUCACCGACAAAAGCGAGCAGGAACCGGUUCUUGGGCACCCCGGCAUCGUCUCCUGGAGUCGCUUCAUCUGCUCCUUCGUCUUCCGGCUCCACUACGACGCAGACAUGGUUUUCUGGAAAGCCGUCUUAGCGCCUCUCGUCGACGGCGUGCUCCACAUGGAGGAUAAUCACUGCUUCCUCGCCCUCUGGAAAGCGGGUACUGAACUCUGGGCUCAGCUGAUCAGCCAGAGCUGCCGGCUCUGGGAAGCCGAUCAAAACUCGCAAUCGUCAGCAAGCCUUCCCCUCAGCUCCUCCACCCCUUUUCCCCCAGAAAAGAAACUAUCUUCGGACAAACUGCCGUCUGAGGUGGUGUUGCCUUCUGAGAGAGUGCCUCUUGUAAUGGCAUCUCGUGUGUCCUCUGGAUCUGUUUCGUUUUCUCAUCGUCGGUCGCGGUCGAUUGGAGACAGUGAGGUCAGUCGCGAGCCUCGGGCGUCAGCCUCUCGCACGCAGGGGCCGAGAAAGCCGGAGGCGGAGCGAAGUGCGUCUGCGGAGACGCCCGCCAGCUGGAGGCGCACGGGCUCGCCGCCUCGCGGCUCAGAUCGGUCGACCGAGUCCAGGAACUUUAUCUUCGCCGAAACAGGCGGGCCUUUCCCCGGAGAAGCACCCCCGAUGGUCGACAGGCGGGCGUCUCUCCCAGGGCGCUGCCCUGCAGGCUCGGAUCGGAGACAGCGAGCUGAGGCGGAGACAGGGGGACGGCCGCCGGGGACUCCAGGGAGGCUUGGAAGCUGUGUGUCGACUUCCCAAAGGUGUCUGACACCUCCCCGAGACGGCGGGCUUCAACCUUCUGUUCAGAUCGCGGCGUCAAGCGUUCAAGAUUUCCAGACGUGGAGAGAGACGGGUGAACUCGCCUUCGAGGAAACGAUGCAAUGGGAGGCGGAGGAGGACGGUCGCUUUCCUCCUCAGCGAGUGGCAAGGAAAACUCUUCCAUUUCUGCGAUAGAGAAGAAGCAACCAUCUACAGGGGGUGCAGAGUGUCGAAGGGAUGAGAAGCAACAGAGGAGGCGAAAACAAGAGCCGGAAAACAACUUUUGCAAGGAAAGCAAGGAGGAGGCUACUCUGAAAGCCGGUAGCUCCGAGAGAGAGAAGACCCUCAGACCUGCGCUUUUUGAAUGUCUCAUGUUCAGCGGUGUGGAAUCUGAUAACUUCUACCGAAACAGAGACAGUGCAAUGGUUGCCACAAGCAACCAAAGUUGAUGAGACUCUUCAACGGAUUCAGUCUAAUGCACAUCAGGGACAGAGUCUUGAGCGCCAAUGUGAGUUGCUCGGUGUCGAGACAGUCGAGUUGAGAGACAAGGGCUGGAAAAGCAGUCUUGCAGUUUUUCAAGCUUGUAUUUGGAGCACGCACAUGAGAGAGACGAUUGCCUGUCGUUUCCGCAACUGCUCGCUGCGAUAAAACUGGUAUCUUCACACGGUUUGUGACCUACAAAUAUCCAGUCUUUCGCGAGACUGCGUAUGCCAUCGGCGACGGAAGCGAAAAGGGGUUUCCGCUGUUCCUUAUGAGCGCAUGGGAGAUUUUCGUCGCCUCAUACAGACACAAAGAGUCGACAAAGUGAUUUUUAAAGCAAGGGCGAAGAGAAGAGUUUCAGGAUAUCCGAUAACAGUUCUGGAACGCUGGAGACUCAAGAGGCACACAGGAAGAAGUUGGAAAAAAGGGACAUUCCGACCCAGAUGCGCAG